UUUCAUCAUAUUCGUCCAUUUUUAUUGGAUAAUUUCCCUGUAUUAAUCAAUCAAUCAUGAAUUGAUCCUCAUUAUUUAUUAAUUUAAAAUCAUCGACGAAUUAUAUUUUGGCAUAAAUUAAAUAGAACUCAUUAUUUAUUAAUUUAAAAUCAUCGACGAAUUAUAUUUUGGCAUAAAUUAAAAUAGAACUCAUUAUUAUCUCCCUCUCGCUCUCGCUCACAGAAGCAGAUCCAAAAUCCAAACCCCUGCAGAAAUUGCUCUUGAUUUUUCACACUAAAUUCGAUCUGAAUCGAAGAUGUCGUCGACCUUCAGCGGCGAUGAAACUGCCCCCUUCUUCGGCUUUCUCGGCGCCGCCGCCGCGCUCGUCUUCUCCUGUAUGGGCGCGGCUUACGGAACAGCGAAGAGUGGAGUUGGCGUGGCGUCGAUGGGGGUGAUGCGGCCGGAGCUGGUAAUGAAAUCGAUUGUGCCGGUGGUUAUGGCUGGUGUUUUGGGUAUAUAUGGAUUGAUUAUUGCUGUGAUUAUCAGCACCGGGAUUAACCCUAAGGCUAAGUCUUACUACCUCUUCGACGGCUAUGCUCAUCUCUCUUCGGGCUUGGCUUGUGGCCUCGCUGGACUUGCUGCUGGGAUGGCUAUUGGCAUUGUGGGAGAUGCUGGUGUGAGGGCUAAUGCGCAGCAGCCUAAGCUUUUUGUUGGAAUGAUCCUUAUUCUCAUUUUUGCUGAAGCUUUGGCGCUCUAUGGUCUUAUUGUAGGAAUUAUAUUGUCUUCACGAGCUGGCCAGUCCCGGGCUGACUAGGGCGGAAGCUAGUGGUUUAAGUUUAUUAUUUUGGAGAAAUUUAUGGUACUUCGGCAAGUUUGAGUCUGAAUUACUAGUUAUACCUCCAACAUUUUCAUCAGUAACGCUAACUUGUGGUUGUUUGUUUUGAUAGUGUGGUGUUUAUUUGUAGUAUUAGAUGAGGAUUUGCUUUUGUUGAAUAAGAGCCGGUAGGGUUAUUUAUUAAAUUACACGAUUUAUUGUUGGUACUUUUGGACCACUUCUUUUUUAAUUUGAGUUGGUAUCCAAAUUAUUCUCGUCUUCA